GUGGACACACCCUUUCAGAGGGCAUCUCACAGGAGACUCCCACCUCUGGGGAAGGAAGGACUUCAUCUCAUUCCAGCAUCAGCCACACACCUUCUGCAACCUCAGAAAUGUCCCCGACAACAUCCUCCACAGAUGAUACUUCAGCCUCUUCCAAUACAAGCAACAGACAUCAAAUGACAUCAGAGUUCCCCCAAAUGCCUGUUUCCACAGACACCACUGAAGAAAACACAAAACAUAUAUCAUACCCUGAAACUGGAAGUUUAACCCCAGUCACCUCAAUACUCUCAGUGUCAACUGGACUAAGAGAACACUCCACAGCACGCUCUUCAGUCACUUCUGCUUCAGAGACAACAGCGUCUUCUCAAAGCCACAGGACACAGCCCACGGACAGCACCAGAGAAUCUCAAAGCAGCACGAGAUUGGCAGUGAUCACAACAACCCCUUCAUCCUCCCUAAAUGGACACACCCUUACAGAGAGCACCUCACAGGAGACAUCCACCUCUGGGGAAGCAAGGACCUCAUCUCCUUCCAGCAUCAGCCACAAACCUUCCACAGUGUCAGAAAUGCCCACAUCAACAAUCUCCACAGAUGACACUUCAGCCUCUGCCAGUACAAGCAACAGACAUCAAAUGACAUCAGAGUUCCGCCAAACACCAAUCUCCACAGACACCACUGUAGGAAACACAAAACACACAUCAUACCCUGAAACAGCAAAUUUUACUGUAGUCACCUCAAUACCCUCAAGGACAACUGGAGUAGAGGAACAGUCCACGGCACCCUCUUCCAUCACUUCUGCUUCAGAGACAACAGCAUCUUCUCAAAGCUACGGGACUCAGACCAUGGACACCAUCAGGGAAUCUCAAACCAGCACUAUCUCAGCAGUGAUCACAUCAACUCCUUCAUUUUCCCUAAGUGGACACACCCUUACAGAGAGCAUCUCACAGGAGACUUCCACCUCUGGGGAAGCGCAGACUUCAUCUCCUUCUAGUGUCAGCCACAAACCUUCCACAGUGUCAGAAAUGCCCACGUCAACAAUCUCCACAGAAGACACUUCAGCCUCUUCCAGUACAAGCAACAGACAUCAAAUGACAUCAGAGUUCCUCCAAACACCAACCUCCACAGACACCACUGUAGGAAACACAAAACACGCAUCAUACCCUGAAACAGCAAGUUUUACUGCUGUCACCUCAAUACUCUCAAGGACAACUGGAGUAGAGGAACAGUCCACGGCACCCUCUUCCAUCACUUCUACCCCAGAGACAUCAGCAUCUUCUCAAAGUUACAGGACUCAAACCAUGGAGACCAUCAGGGAAUCUCAAACCAGCACUAUCUCAGCAGUGAUCACAUCAACUUUUUCACUGUCCCUAAGUGGACACACCCUUACAGAGGGCAUCUCACAGGAGACAUCCACCCCUGAGAAUGCAAGCACUUCAUCUCCUUCCAGCGUCAGCCACAAACCUUCGGCAACCUCAGAAAUGCCCCUGUCAACAUCCUCCACAAAUGACACUUCAGCCUUUUCCCAUGCAAGCAACUCACAUGCAGUGACAUCAGAGGUUUCCAUAACACCAGCAUCAACAGACACCACUGUAGGAUACACAAAACAUGCAACACACCCUGAAAUAGGAAGUUUUACUCCAGUCACCUCAACACUCUCAAGGGCCACUGGAGUAGAAGGACACACAACACCCUCCUCUUCCAUUACAUCUACUGCAGAGAUGACAGCAUCUUCUCAUGACUACAGGACUCAGAGCACGGAGACCAGCAGAGAAUCUCAAACCGACACUACGUCAGUCUUCAUCACCUCAACUCCUUCAUCUUCCCUAAAUGGACACACUCUUACAGAGAUCGUCUCACAGGAGAUAUCCACCUCUAGGAAAGAAAGCACCCUAUCCUCUUCUAGUGUCAGCAUUGCACCUCUAACAACAUCAGUUUUAUUGACAGCACCAACCUCAACAGAUACCACUGUAGGUAAUGGAAAGGACACAUCAACUCCUAUUACUAGAACUGUUAUUCCAGUCCCUUCAACAGUACCCAUGAAAAGUGGACUAGAAGUACAAUCAAUUGCAAUCUUUUCCAGCACAUCUACUCCAGGAACAUCAGCAUCUACCCAGAAUUACCAGACUCCAAGCCUAGAGACCACCAGAGAAUCUGAAUUCAGUGAAAUUACAUCAGCAACCACAUCAGCUCUUUUAUCUUUACCCAGUGGACAUACUCUUUCAGGGAGAAUUCCUCCAGAAAUAUCUCCUUCAGGUGAAGCAAUCACUUCACCUACUUCCAGUGACAGUAAAACACCUUUGAUGACAUCAGAGACAUUGACAGCCUCAACUUCAAUAGACACUACUGUGGAAAAUACAGGAGAUACAUCCCUACCUGUAACUAGUAGUUUUCCUCCAUUCAUUCCUAAUGUUUCUACAACAUGGCAGUCAGCAAUACAACCAACACCACUGUCUAUCAGUACUCCAGCUCCAAAAACAUCUACAGUUUUCCAUACCCACGCAGACACAGAGACAGCAGGAUGGCCUCAUUCCAGCAGUUCAAUGUCAUUCAUUCCAGAUAAAACAACAUUCACUUCCUCAUCCUUCAGUGAUAGCAGUCACACAACUCAGUCACAAAAAGAACUGUUUUCAACACCAAUGGCUUCCACUAUACUGGUUACAGAAAGUUCAUCUUCCUCAAUAGCUAGCAGUAUUUCUUGGGUUACCUCUACAGUCUCAACAGUAGAUGAAGAAGUGCCAACCCCACACUCCUAUCUAAGCACAUCUCCUCAGGAAACAACAGUGGCAAUUUCCAAGUCUCACUGGACACAAGGCAUAGGGACCACUGGAGAUAUUCAUGUCAGCAGAAGCUCCAAUGUAACCCAAACCAUCAAAACAGUUACAUCUGCAUCUCCUUCAUCCUUACUAAGUGAACACACAUCUCAACAAACUAUAACAGCAAGCCCAGCAAGGCAGUCAACACCACUCUCUAGCAGCACCUCUUCUCAAGAAUCAUCAGUUGUUUCCCAGAUAGGUCAUACUCAAGGUCCACGGACCACACAAGAAUCCCAAACCACAAGUUUAAUCUUCCCCAUGACAGACACAAUCAAGACAGUCACAUCUGCAACUUCUCCUUUCAAAUCAAGUGGACAUUUGCCCUCAGAAAAUGUUCCUCAGGAUACACCCACCACAGGUGAAGUUACAACCUUCACACCAGCACCCUCAAGGGACAGCCACACAACUCAGGUCACUACCACUACCACAGAACUAUGGACGUCACCAACCAGUGCUGACACCAGCCCGGGAACAUUAAGAGGCACAUCACUUUCCAUUAAAAGCACCACUUUUCAGAGCUCUGUAGUUUCAACAACACUAGGCCCAAGAGGACAAUCAACAUCCCCUGCUUCUAGUGCCUCACCUGACACAUCAGCCAUUUCCCAAACCCACCAGACACAAAGCAGAGUGACCACUGGAGAACCACAUACCAACACACCAGCCUCCUUGGUAACAGAUACCACCUUUUUGGCAGACACCCUCUUGGUGGGCACAGCUACAGCUUCUUCAUCUACAGCAAGCAGCCAAACAACUUUAGGAAAUGCUUUCCCAGGAAUAUCCACCUCAGAUAAGAUCAAGAGUUUCUCACCAACUUUCUUCAGGGAAAACCACAUAACUCAAUCAAAAACUGAAUUGUUGUCCUCUGCAGCAAGUCAUGACACUACUCCAGGAACCAUGGAAUUGGUGUCCGUUAUUGUCCCCAACACCUCUCAAGAAAUAUCAGCUGUUUCCCAGAAGGCUCAGACUCAAAUUAUAGGAAGCACCAGAGGAUCUGAAGCCAUAAGCUCAGUCUCCCAGGUGACUGACACCUUCUCAACAGUUAUACCUCUACCUCCUUCAUCUACACCAAAUGUGCACAUGUUACCAAAAACCACUGCCCACACUCUGUCAUCUUCAGACACCAGCACAACACUUAUCUCCAACCCAGUCAGAGACAGCCACAGAACCCAAACAGCAAUGCCAACUUUGUUAUCUGGGGCAACUGAAGGGCCGACUACUGUUGUCUCUACCACCCUGAGUGAUGUAGCCUCUCAUUCUCCUUCUACAGUUAUGGUCACAAGUGAAGUCCAGAGAACAGCUCCAAGCUCAGCCCUCCAUAAAAACAUGACUGCAGUGACCAUUUCCCCUGUGGGUUCUGUCAGUAACUCCAUGACAAAUACCAUGCAAGUCCCAACUUCCUCAGUGGGUGAGUCAAGCUCACCCAUUUCUGAGCAUCCUGCAACUGUUCAAACAGUAGCCUCUACUACUAACCCUACUACAAGGCCAAUGUAUAUGAGUUCUAAGAGUAAUCAUAACAGUGUUGCUGGAUCCAUACCAACUUUGUCAUUUCAACCUACAACAUAUUCUUCAAUCAAGACCACUCCUGAUACUUCUUCAGUGUCUAAGUAUUCUAAGAGUCCAUUGCCUACUCUACAGCCAUCCACAGACUAUGCUUUCUCUGACUUUACUUCCUCUGGUAAUAUGGGCACAGCUCAGACCAUAUCAAGUUUCUAUACUUCAACCAGUGACUCUUCAUUCUCUCAAUCAGCCCCUGGCCCUGCAGUCACCUGGAGCUCCACCACUCUAUUCACAGGGCACUCUGCUCCUCUGUCUGUUACCAGCACUUUCCCAGCAUCCACUGCAUCCUCAAGCUCCAUUGUGAAGACUCAGACACCAGGAGCAAUCACAACUUCACUGAGGACAGGCAGCCAGAGAAGCACAACAACAUCACUACCACCAACAACCUCCCAGACCCUUACAACGUCCACUCCCAGCACAUCUACAAGCAAACACUCAACUGCUGUCCCAGUCCCUAUCAAGCCCAAGAAAGGUGUUUCCCUCUUUCCCUAUGGACCAAGCGUUGGAGAUCAGGAGUUUGUCAGGAGGACUGUGGACUUCACCUCACCACUCUUCAAGCCCCAGAUUGGCUUCCCUCUUGGCUCCUCUCUCCGGGAUUACCUCUAUUUCACAGAUAAUGGCCAGAUCAUUUUCCCAGAGUCAGAGUACCAGAUUUUCUCCUACCCCAAUCCUCCCCUUAGAGGCUUCACAGGCUGGGACCCUGUGGCCCUGGUGGCUCCAUUCUGGGAUGAUGCUGAUUUUUCCAGCAGCCAUGGAACCAUAUUUUACCAGGAAUAUGAGACACUCUAUAAUGAACACAACCUGCUAGUCUGGCAGGUGGAGUCUUGGAUUAAAAAGUUCGCACACAUCCGGAACUACAAAGCCAGGUGGACCCUAAAGGUCACAUGGGUCAGUGCCCCUGCCUAUCCUGCCCAAUGGACCUUUGGGACCAACACCUACCAGGCCAUCCUCUCCACAGACGGGAGCAGGUCCUACGCCCUGUUUCUCUACCAAAGUGGUGGUAUGCAGUGGGAUGUGACCCAGCGCCCAGGCAACCCAGUCCUCAUGGGCUUCUCCAGUGGAGAUGGGUAUUUUGAAAACAGCCCACUGACAUUCCAGCCAGUGUGGGAGAAGUAUCAUCCAGACCAAUUCCUGAAUUCCAACUCAGGUCUCCAGGGCCUGCAGGUCUAUAGGCUACACAGGGAAGAAAGGCCCAACUACCGUCUCAGGUGCCUGCAGUGGUUGAAUAGACAGCCCCAGUGGCCCCAAUGGGGCUGGAACCAGGUGUCCUGCCCUUGCUCCUGGCAGCAGGGACUGUGGGACUUACGAUUCCAGCCCAUCAGCAUAGGCUGGUGGGGCCUCGGCAGCAGGCAGCUGUGCCGUGUUUCUUCCUGGCGUGGAGGCGUGUGCUGCAGCUACGGGCCCUGGGGAGAGCUUCUCCAGGGCUGGACAGUGAGCACUCCUUGGCAGUUUGACCAAGAACUGGAGCCAUGGGACUGGUGCUGCCGUGGGAACGACAAGCCCUCCUUCUGCGCCCUGUACCAGCAGAGGCGGCCCCGCAUCAGCUGUGCUGGGUACCGUCCCCCAAGGCCUGCCUGGAUGUUUGGGGAUCCCCACAUCACCACCUUGGAUGGUGCCAAUUACACCUUCAACGGACUGGGGGACUUCCUGCUGGUCCGGGCCUGGGACAGAAACUCCUCCUUCCUGCUGCAGGGCCGCACUGCCCAGACCAGCUCAGCCCAGGCCACCAACUUCAUUGCCUUUGCAGCUAAAUACAACACCAGCAGCCUGAACCCCAUCACAGUUCGAUGGCUCCUCAAGCCGAAUGACACAAUCCAUGUGCAGGUCAAUAACCAGACUGUGACAUUUGAGACUAACCGUGAAGACCCAGAAGGCCAGGAGACAUUCAACACCACCGGCGUUGUAAUGACCCGCAAUGGCUCCCUCGUGUCAGCCAGCUUCGAUGGGACCGUGACCAUCUCCGUGACCGCCCUUUCCAACAUCCUCCAUGCCUCCUGCAGCCUCCCAGAGGAGUAUCGAAACAGCACAGAGGGCCUCUUGGGAGUCUGGAACGACAAUCCAGAUGAUGACUUCAGGAUGCCCAAUGGCUCCACCAUUCUCAACAAAAGCGAUGAGUGGCAACUUUAUCAAUUUGGAAUGACCUGGAAAAUCAAUGAUACGAGACUCCUUGGCAAGAGAGACAGCCCUCUGCCUUCCAACUUCACCCCUGUCUUCCUUUUCCAACUGAAGAACAACACCUCGGGUGAAAAUCUGGUCUCUGAGUGUAAUGGAGAUGAGCAGUGCAUUUAUGACAGCCUGGCCACAGGAAACACAAGCACCGGCCUGAACACUAAGAUGCUCUUUAGCAGAUACCAGCUGAUGAACGCCACCCUCAGUAAGUACCCACCUUCUAUCAAGGGUGAGCAUGUGGUGGAAGCCUAUCUGGGGCAGACCAAGCUGACUCAGUACACCAGCGGUUCUGAGAAUGUCAUAUUCACCCUAAGAAACAGCAACACUGACUUCAAGCUCUUUGAGAAUGGGACAUUGCUAUGGACACCAAAGUUGUUGGAACCAUUCACUCUGGAGAUUCUAGCAAGAAAUGCCAAAGUCAACUUGUCAUCUGUACUCCAGCCAAAGACAGUGGUCUGUGCCUGCAGGGAAGAGAGCCAGUGUUUAUACAACCAGACCAGCUGGGUGGGCAAUUCCUCCCUGGAGGUGGCCGGCUGCAAGUGUGAUGGGAACAGCUUUGGCCCCUACUGCAAACGCUCCAGGGACCCCUGUGAGGAGCCAUGCUUCCCGAAUGUAAAGUGCAUUCCUGGGGAGGGCUGCGAGGCCUGCCCCCAAAACCUGACUGGGGAUGGGCGUCAUUGUGCAGCUCUGGAGAACUCUCCCCUCUGUCAGAACGUGUCCUGCCCUGUGAAUCACUGCUACAACCAGGGCCACUGCUACAUCUCCCAGACGCCAGACUGCCAUCCCACCUGCACCUGUCCCCCAGCCUUCACUGACACCCGCUGCUUUGUGGCUGGGAACAAUUUCACUCCAACCAUCCAUCAAGAUCUUCCCGUAAGAAUCAUCCAGCUCUCACUCAGGGAAGGAGAAAAUGCCACCAUGACAGAUGUCAAUGCCUCGGUGGCCUACAGACUGGGGAAGCUGGAUGUGCGGGCUUUUCUCCAGAACAGCAAAGUGGUACCAAUCAAUUCUGGGGCAACACAGGCCUCAGGAAGAAACCUUCAACGCUGGAGUGUCAUCUCGGAGUUCCAGUACCUCCCUCGGGGUCCUGUUAUCGACUUCCUAAACACCAAGCUGCUGGAUGCAGUGGUAGAGGCAUUCUUACCCCAGGCCUCAUGGAGGAGAUGGAACAGAAGUGAGGGGCCCAGGACCAAUGUGAACUUCCAUUCCAUCUCCAGGGAAGAUGUGUACAGUGUGAAGGCUCUGAACGUGAGCAUGCUGAAGACUUACUUCAAAUGCAAUGGCUACAAGGGUUACCACCUGGUCUACAGCCCCCACAGUGGCCUGACCUGUGUGUCCCCGUGCAGUGAGGGCUACUGUGAGCACGGAGGCCAGUGCCAGCACCUGCCCCAAGGGCCCCGUUGCAGCUGUGUGCCCUUCUCCAUCUACACGCCCUGGGGAGAACGCUGUGAGCACCUGAGCAUGAAGCUUGGCGCCUUCUUCGGGAUCCUCUUUGGAGCGCUGGGAGCCCUCUUGUUGCUGGGGGUGGUGGUGUUUGUGGUCCUGCGCUUCUGGUGCUACCCCAGGAACCAGUACUCCUACCCUCUGGACACAGAAAGUUGAGGCCUCACCCAAAGGGGUAGCUGUGGCCUAAGAUACUUCAGGACCCACCCCCAGCCUCACCCACGUAUUGACCAGUACCUUGGCUUUGAGGAGACUGGGAAAAGGAAGGUGCCUGAAGGUGAUUCAGGAUUCUUCAAGGGAAUGAGUAAUAAUAAAAACAAUAGCACACCUUUUCAGUAGACACAGAGGCAGACAGAAGGGGCCAUAAAGACCACCUACUUAAAGGAUGGAUUCUUACACAUACAUACCUGCAAGAAGGACACUGACCUACAUACACACACAUCAGAGUUAAUAAUGUCUCAGUUAAAAUCCAAAAUGCAUUUGUAUACAAAACUCCAAUUUACUUCUAAUUAAAGUCUAUUUAAGUAAAA